GUCCAGAUUAGGACAACGCAUUCGUUUUAAGAGUGUGGCAAUGCAGAUUAAGACAAGGCGAUCUCCAGGCAGGUAUUGACUUGGGACUAUUGGGGACGAAGCACUGCUAUUUGGGCACAGAGAUUGUCCAUGCUGUGUUAUGGAGAAUGUCUUUGUGAUUACUCUGCCUUUGUUCUGCUUGAUGGCCACCACAUCUGCCUUCAUGUGUUGGGUCCGGUCCAUCCCAUCAUAGUGGUCACAGGUGAAGAGCUGCUUCUGCCCUGUUACCUUUCGCCCAACAUCAGUGCUGAGAACAUGACGGUGACCUGGCUGUUAAACCACACAGGUGCACUGGUGCAUCUCUACACAAACGGCAGUGACAGAAAUUACCAACAGCACGCUGAUUACAGAGGGAGGACCGCUCUGCUCAAGGAGGAACUCAGCAGUGGAAAUACUUCACUAAAACUGACCAACGUCACAGUCUCAGACGAAGCAAACUAUACAUGCUCUAUUCAAGAUGGACACUGGCAUGAGGAAAUCUCUCUUCAGAUCAAGGUCAACGAAAUUACUGGGAUGUCGAUUGACCGUGCACACUCUGGGAAGGCUGCUUUCAGCAUUUUGUUGGCCGCUGCCUUGGCUGUUGGAUUGUCACUAUUGCUAUGUCGUGUUAAACGCAGACUGAAGGAAUCAGAGGGCUUGAGACUACAGAAAGAGCUUGAAAGGACAAGGAUGCGUGUUGAGGUUGAAAAGGUGAGAAAGUAUGGAGUGAAUGUGACCCUGGAUCCCGCCACCGCCCAUCCACAGCUCAUCCUGUCCGUUGACGGGAAGCAGGUCACCUGCGGAGACGCGCCAGGAAGUGUAGAUCCCAGCACGGAGCGGUUCACCACGGACCUCUGCGUCCUGGGCCGAGAGGGCUUCACCUCUGGUAUGCACUAUUACGAGGUGCUGGUGUGGAGGAAGCGUGACUGGACCGUGGGUCUGGUCUGGGAGCACGUCAACCGCAACAGCCCACUGAAGGACCACAUAUGUGACCUGUACCUAGCCCUUGAGCUGCGUGAUGGAACUUGCUAUUCUAGCGAAUCCAGCGACGCCAUCGUUCAGCUAAGGGAGGACAUCCAGAAGAUUGGAGUGUUUGUGGAUUAUGACGAGGGCACUGUCAGUUUCUACGACGUGGGGGAUGAUUACAUAGAUAAUUUAUAUUCGUUCAGUCAGUAUUGCUUCGCUGGAAAAACACUCUACCCUGUCUUCAGUCCUGGGGCCAGUGGUCUAAAGUCUGCUCCAUUGAUUGUACUUCCGGUGUGGGACAUUGAAUUUAAGCCAAUGCCAGAGAAUGUCUAAUAAGGGCUCUGCCUAUGCUGCCUUGCAAGGUUAAGUUAGAUGAAAGGCCUCCUGUGUUAGAGAUGGAAUUGUAAAUGAGACAACUGGAUCAUGCAAAACAGUCCAACAGAGGCCAGGACCCUGCAGCCUAAUGGCAGAAUUUCAAAAA